CGAUUUGGGUGGUUCGCUUCUGUUUGCUACGAUCUACUGUCUAUGUUGGUUCGAAAUUGAUUCGGUUCCAUCUGCCACGAUUAAGGAAAGAUCACUUUUGUUUGCAAUGAACCACUCAGCCGGGCCUAUUUCUGCAUAAAUUCUGGACUUGGUGAAGUACUUCCUUUCGGCGACGAACUCGGUGCGAGGUCGCAAUCGAUCUCAACCCUUUGGGAGCCUUUUCGCCAGUUGGGCAGCGUCAUCUCAGGCAUCAAUUCGAGGUUGUAGCAUUGUUCUCCGGCGCUGCUGCGUUCGAAGAGUGGUGGAGGAAGACUAAAACCUUUGAUUGGACAGGAGAGGAAUUGCCAAGAGGCCAGGAAAAUGAUCAGGUGAAAAUGGCGGCAGCGAUGGGGUACCAGUGUGUAGAGUGUGGAUUCGCCAUCAGAACACUUUACGUUCAGUACUCUCCAGGGAACAUCCGCCUCAUGAAAUGCGAGAAUUGCAAAUCCGUAGCGGAUGAAUACAUCGAAUGUGAAUUCAUGAUUAUCUUGAUCGAUUUGAUUCUGCAUAAGCCCAAAGCUUAUCGUCAUCUACUCUUCAACGUUCUCAAUCAGAAGAGUGCAGUUAUUGAGGGUCUGUUGAGGAAUGCGAUUUUUGGUUUCAUUCUUCUGGAUGGUUAUAGAUGUAUGCUUUUGAAUUGGCAAGAGGGUGAAAGAAGAGGUUCUUCAUCGAGCAUAAUUUCUUUGUUUUGGAGAUACCGAAAGGUGUUCAUGGCUUGUCUUGUUGGUAAUUCACUUUUUCUCUGUGUUUUCCUUCUCGCCACAAGGAUUCUGCUGAACUCUUCGCUUACAUUUUCCAGAUUCAGAGACCUUUUGCUUGUGAUUCUGGUGUCAAGUUACUUUAAGAUUUUUCUCAUCGCCAUGAUGGUCUGGGAAUUUCCUCUGUCAGUGAUUUUGAUCAUUGAUCUUUUUGUUGUUUCGUCUAACACGGUGGCACUUAAAGUCACCACCGGGUCAAGCACGGCUAGAUGUUUGGGGGUUUGUUUCUCGGCCCACUGUGUUAAGCUAAUUGCCACUCACGCCCUCGAGCUGCCCCAGAUAAUGUGGAAGAACAACUUCAGUGGAUAAAUAUCUUCAAUGUACUGCAGUUUCUGGGAUGAAAUCCUUCCAUAACUAGUUCAUUCAACAUUCACACCUCUGCUUUGCUAUUUUGUUUUGUUAGUAGUAAUAUGAGGCAGUUCUGCAUUGGUCGAUUUGGUAUUAGCAGUUAUUUUUUGAGUCCAAUUGGUAUGACAACUUGCACAAAGAGUGCUUUGUUUCUAUGGCACAAUCCCACCUUUCUUCAUUAAUUUCGUCUCUUGGAGUUUCUGCGGAUAAUCGGUCCAAUUUUGCACGGUAUAGGUGACUUUCUGUGAAGUGUGAUCCCCGAUUGAUAGUGCUCUUGACUUGCAUAUCAUAACG